CUCGUAUCAUACAUGUCAUUGUAUUGUCGCUCCGAAAAUAAUCGCACAAAUAAAUAGAUACAAGGCAAGGUUCGUUAAAAAUUACUAUUAAAUGUGAGUACGAAGGUGCCACGAAGUGUUGAAAUUAGUCACCGCCACACAACUAUUGGAUUUGACAAAAACACGGACGAAAACAAACCAACAGUAUUUGGAGGUUAGAAUAUUGUUAUAACCAGAAAGCACACACACUAACGUAAAACUACUGAGAGCCUGUCAAAGUCACCUCGUACGCAACUAUCAACGUCAGUUCUGUGCUGCCAAGGCUAUAAACUAAAAUAACCUUAAAUAAUACGUUCCAUUCCACGCAAAUAUGGAUGAACAAUUUGAACUAUUCUUCGAAAAAAUUAAAACUGAAAUGAAGAACCAAUCAGAUUCUAUAACAAGUACUAUUAUGGAAAAAAUUGGUGAAAAAUUAGAACCUGUGAUAGAAGAAAACAAAAAAUUAAGAAUUAAAGUUGAGCUUUUGGAAAAAAAGAUAGAAACUUUAGAGAGAGAAAAAAAAAACAACAAUAUAAUAGUCCACGGGCUGAAAGAGGGAGAAAAGACUACAGAGCAACUGCUUAAAAAUACUAAGGAAGUAUUUUUGAAAACAUUAAAUAUAAAUAUUCAAGAUUGUGAAAUAAACAAGAUUUAUCGUAUAGGGAAAGAAAUCAAAGGUAACAAACCUAGGCCGACACUCUUAUCCUUUGUUAGUGGAUUGAAAAAAAACGAGAUAUUAAGGAAUAAGAAGAAGUCGAAGGAAAUAACAUUCACAGAAGACUACUCUAAAGAUAUUUUAGAAAAGAGGAAAGCACUAAUACCACAAUUAACAGAAGAAAAAAUGGCAGUGGGCAGGACAUAUGGCAAGACGCACAGACAAGAGAUGGACAUUACAGACAACUAUGUGGAAAGGACCAAGAGGGAAAAGAAGAAGAGGGCGCCCUAG